ACAUGCUAUUAGGAUAAUUUGUGAUGUAUUCUGGUCAUUUUAAUUGAAGUGCAAACAUUAUUCUGAAGAAACUAGUGGAUUGUAACUGUCCUUUUCAGAACUGAGAAAAAAUUGCAAACUAAACAGUGAGAAGUAUCAUAAGAAGCUUAUUACAUAAGGCUAUUGAAUAUAAUAUAAAAUUAUAAUAAGAACAAAGAGGAAGAGUAAUGAAGGACAGCUUCCAUGAUACAUGUACUUUUAUAACUUUUAAUUUGAGCAAGAAGUUUGUCAUGUACAUGAUGGCCACUUCAUGCCACAUCAGAAUCAUGCAGUGAUUAGUAAAAUAAUAUUUUAACAUCCAGGGAUGAUAAAAGAAUGACUCUAUCGUUACCGUAGCAACCUUCCACCAUAAAUUUCAUUCUGAAGACCAUUCACACAAAGCAUCAAUUAUUAUGGAGCAGUAAUAUGAUCUAAAGUCUGACAGUGUUCAAGCAGUGCUCCCUUUUUCCCAGCAUUUCAUAAAAGAUCAGUCAGAAAAGCUAAUCCUCUGUUUUCUGAUAUAUUUUUUCUAGCGUUGAUGCCGUACUUCAGUAACUCCCAAAAAUGUUAGGAGGAAUUCAAGUGCACAUUCUCUAUUUCUGUCCCUUCAUAGCAUUGCUCUAUAUAUACAUUGCCAGUAUUUUCAGUAUAUGUAAGUCUUGUUUUAAUGAGUUCAUCUUAUUACCAUCACUUCCAUUCAUCUUACUGCAUUUCUACUACCAUUCCUUUUUAUUUGGGUUUUAAGUAUACACAUACAGUACACCAUGCCACACAAUUGCCAUUGCAGUCCAGAUGUACUAAGUGUGCAACUAAUUUCUAACUGUGUGUUGUUGAAUUACAAUAAAAGCUAUUUACCCCAUCCCCAUCUCUUUUUUUUUAGGUCCAGCCCAUUGCAGUCAUACUGCUGAAAUUCAGAAGAAAAAAGAACACAGUACUGCAAGCAGGAUACAGCAGGAUUGUUGGUCUUUUUAACAAUUUUAUAAAAGCUCCAUGUACUCAAGAAAAAAUAGGUUUAAAUAAUUUCCCUAUACUAUAACAUUAUUGCUUCACUGCCAUAUUAUCCACAAAACUGAUUAAAGACAAAACUGUUGUUGAAAUUGCCAUUCCUGAGUGAGAGCACUGCUGUGAUUGGGAAAACAUGUUGGAAACUCACAAAAUCCUCUUCUGAUAUUUUGGAGACCCAAGAUGGGAAAGGGAGCAGUAAGACAAGAUCCUAGAAAGGCCAAUUCUGGAUUUAAACCAUUCCAGUCAUUCAAUUCCUUGGCUAUCAUGCCACGCUGGAGAAUCACAAUGAAUAUUCAGUUUCUGCCUUGGUAAUUAUGUAAUCUGUGAUUCUUUUAAUAUAUAUUUUAGGUACGCAUCAGAUAAGUUUAAAUUACUCAUAUUACCUUUCUGUAACUGGAAGCACUACUCAAUGACAUGAGUGGAAUGCUUUGGCUUUUCAGAUGUAUAGUUUUAUUAUAGAAUGGUUCUUUGUGACAUCACCGUUUUAAAACUGACUGCAUUCUGCAAUGGCAUAUGUUGUUGCAUGAGCACCGUGAAGAAAAGAGCCAGACAAAUUUCUUUCUUAAUAGUUUAUGCUUACCAUGGAAAAUAACAGCCCAAUUUACAUGUUUCUAAUGCCCUUAAUAUAGGGUAUGUCUUUUUCAUCACAAAUACAAAUACAAAGUUUUAUUAUUCCAAUUGGUUUAAAUUUGAAUAUAUAAUGUGGAUUUCAACUUUAGGUAAGUAUUGCUUUUACUCUCCCCCCUUGUCUGAAUCCAAUAUUUUCUACAUUAGUGGAUUUUUGGAAUAAAAGUGUUUUAUGGGAAGGGCAGCCGUAUCUUCACGAAAGAAUUGGGGUAAAUGCAUGUCAGUUAUCCAACCCCAUCAUUCUCUGAAUGCCUUAAAUCAGUAGUAGAUGUUUCCCCUUUCUCACCUAUACCUGGUGACUUACUGCAGAACAUUGCAGGUGGACAAUGUUCAUUGCCUAUCAAGGUUCCUAGUUUAAAUCCCUCAGACAGUAUUUUUUUUAAAUGCUUGAAAUGGAAAGUUUUAUAUAAAUAUUUAAAUAAAAUUAUUCUCUUAGUAAAAUAUAAUAAGACUGUAAUAAGCUUCUACAUAAAUAUUGGUAUUUAAACAAAAAAGAUUUGGCAAGCUAUUGAAAUGGUCUAUUUCAAUUUAAGGCAAUCUCAUUUGUUCACGGAACUGAGAAAACACAUAAUUAUAGCAUAAAUAGGCCUUAGGAGUUUCUGUAUUUCUAGGCCAAAUCAGAUAAUUUUGAAGAAAAAAAGGGUUAUCGCAGCCUGUUGUUGGAGUUCACUAGUUCAUAGGAUACUGAUGCUAAGACUAGUAGUAGUAGUAAAUCUGAGACACUGGUAUGGAGCAGUGCUUUCAAUGCAUAUCUUUAUUUAUAAUGGUCCAUUUAUAAGCUGAGACAGAAAAGAUGUACUGGUAGUUGCUCAUAAAGAUAGCUGUAACUGAUUUUCCUGGCUUGGCUGCUUCAGGUAUCACAUGAUCAAUUAAGGACCCAUAUAUAUGUUUGAAAAUAUGAAAAAAUAUCAAUAUGUAUAUGGAAGCUUAUUACAUUCCUCUUAUAUUUUACUAAGGAAAUAACUUUAUUUAAAUAUUUAUAUAAAACUUUCAAUUUCAGGCAUUUUUAAAAAGUUCAUAAUAAAUUGAUUUUUAAUAUACAAUAGGAGUUGUACUUUAUCUGUAUCACCUGCAGUCUGAUUUUUAUUUAAAAAAAAACACAUUUUACCAUGUUAAUAAGCUGCUUUCUUUUCUUCGUCAAGGAGCAGUCUUUGUGGAUUCCUCAUGUCCAGGGACUUUGUUGAUAUUUUAAAUGAAUGACAAUUAGAUCAUUUGAUCAGACAAUGGAAUGGAUCCUAAAAGGUCUCUUCAGGUAUCACGAUGGCAGAAGCCUAUUUUAUUGUUAAAUUGUUGUUAGCAUUUGCUUUCUGACAACCUGUUUCCAUGGCUUCUAUUGGAACAAUUACUAUUCCCGUCAAAAUGAGAACUGCUACUGCCAGAAUUUCAAUCAGUUCCACCAGCUGCAGCGUGACCUGUGGCAUGGGUUACAAAGUUGAAGAAACAUGUCAGAUUGGGCCUAAUGGUGAAAGGAGGUACUGUGAUAUUCAGAAAGUGGAGUGCUUGACCAACUGGCUCUGUGGGAUGCUCCAUUUCACUAUUCUUGUAGGUAAGCCUUUUGAAUUCCAGUGCUUGUCCUCUACUGAAAUUGGCCCUGAAAGUAACAGCUUCAGUUGUUCAUGGAGGAUAGCCAGAGGUAUCAUUACCACUGAUGAUGUUCUCUUUAAACCAUUCAAGACUGCUGGCUUUGUCAUUAAGCUUUCCCCAGCCAAAGAAUACGAUGCAGGGACAUACAGGUGUGACGUGCAGUUCAUGAGAAGCUAUAAGAUUGUCAAAAGAAUCUACUUUGGAAUUCGUGUGAUCCCUGGUCACUUGGUGGAUCUGAACUUUGACAAAUCCUUGACUCUGGAUCAGCACUUGGAAGGUGAGAAGGAAGAAAACCAGCAGAAUGCCACUGGUGUUCCUGUCCAGAACCAGCAGCACCUUUGGCGCCGAAGAACUCUCUUUGUAUUUUCAAUAGGCAUUGGAAGUGGUGUAGUAGGAGGAAUCUUGUUGCACAACAUUUUCUACUAUUUAGUGAAAGUUCCCAAUAAUUAUGGAUAUGUGGAAGAAUAAAAAUGUUUUUUCUUGUAGUCGUGUAUGCUGAUUGCUGUAUUUAAUCAUUUUGCUGUAUUGUUUACAGUUAUUAAGAUUAGAUUGUAAAAUCACAGUGUCACUUAAUGUAUUUAGAAAGCAAUAAUAUAUCUUGUUCCUUAAUUGUAUUUCAUAAAACUUUAAAGACAGUACAAAACAUGUAAAUCAGUACAUCUUUUGAUGUGAGUUCAGUACAUGCUUUCAUAUAGAAAAUCCUAAAUUCAGUUUUUAGGGCCGGAAAGAAUCCCUACAACAUUGGAAUAUCUUCCAAGUCAACAUAGAUCAGGUUUUUUAAAGAAAUGGAUACUCUCCCAAUAUCUUGGGAACACAUAUCUCAGAAUUCCUAGCAGGUUAGUCAAUAACUAGGCUCAGUAAGAAUGGUAAUCUCACCAAGUUUGGGAAGAACCGUGUGAGCUAGAGAUGAGUAUUGAAGAUGAGAUUCAAACAACCCAUUUCACAUUCUAAUGCAGCAUUUCUCAGAUUAGGCAAUUUAAGACAUGUGGACUUCAGUUCCCAGAAUUCUCCAGCAGAUAAAGGAAGAGAGGAGAGAGGUUCAUCUACACAGGCAAGAUUCUGUUACUGUAACUGCAUAAUAAACAUAGUACUCAUGACUUCAGUUUCCAAACCUGAGUUGCCUUAAAGGCCUGGCAUCAAUCUUACAAGUCCCUCCGUUUAUUUUCUAGAGAGCUAGGAAGAGUAAAACCAAUUACAUUUCUGUCUUGAAUUCAUUUCUUUAAUUUGCCCAGUCUUGGUUGUAGUUCUUGCUAUAGUUCCUCAAGGUUAUUCGUACUGUCCUCACUGUUGCUUUCAUUUAUUCAGUUACUGAAUCCCUGCCUUUUCCUUGCCUGAACUUUCCUAAUGACAGGAGAGCACCCAUGGCCUUCAAGCAUAAAAUAUUGUUUAAUGAUAAUGUUAUGUCCCAGGCAUCAAUCAACAAGAGUCCAAUUAACCUUAAACAUGUACAUAUAUACAUACACACACAUAUACAUGUGUACGCAUAUAUUGUGCAUAUAUAAAAUAUCGAAAACUUUAACUACAAUAAGUAAAGCAAACUAUGGUAGAACAAAAAAGAGAAAAGAAAUAAAAAGUGUAAAAAGAAAAAUAAUAGAAAAGUAGAGAAAGAAAUAAGAUACAAAGAAAGAUAUAAAAAAGAGCUUCCAAUCUCAGCAAAUUUAAGUACAAUUAUAUCUUAACCUAAGUACAUCAUGACUCUUCCUUUUAUAAGCUGUAAUGAUUGAAAAUAAUUUUUCCAAUGAUUUCUUUAUUUUUUAAAAAUGUCUUGAUGCUGCAUCUUUUAUUUGAAAUCAUAAGAAUGAGAACUGGGGAAUGUGAACUGAGUUACCUGACAUCAGAGUGAAACAAGCACACUUUGUUUUCCUGUCAAUAUUUGGAUUUGUAAGAUGCAGACAACUAACCAUGAUGUCGGCCUCUGCUUUGCUGCUGCUUCG